AUGAGACACCCCGGAAGCCUGGGCCCUAUCGCCCUCCUGCUGGGCCUGGAGCUGGCCCUAUGCAGGGGCCAGGCGACUUCACAGUACUGCGGGCCACAGGGCCAGGCGGAGAGGCUGCAUUUUACCCGGCUGGGCAAAGGCCGCUGGCUGGAUCCUCAGGUCCGGCCACCUGGGUCCCUGGAUCCCCUCUACAGGAUGGUGCGGGGCUUCCUGGACAUGGUGCAGCUCAACCCCUUCCCAGAAGGAUUGGUUCGAGUGGCAUUGAAUGAACCCUCUUCUGUUCGAACCUCUGAUGUGGUCCGGUAUGAGGCCGGCUACGUGGUGUGUGCUGUGAUUGCUGGCCUCUUCCUUCUUAUUGUGCCCACUGUUGGGCUUUGCUUCUGCUUUUGCCGUUGCCGCCGGCGCUGUGGGGGCCGGGUCAAGAUUGAGCACAAGUCUAUGGCCUGUGAGAGGGGCAGCCUCAUGAUCUUCCUGCUGCUCAUCACUCUUCUCCUCCUGACUGGUGUGGUCUGUGCUUUCAUUACCAACCAAAAGACACAUGAUGAGGUAGGCCCUGGUGUCCGGGCUGUGCCUAGAGUGCUCAACUCCCUACAAGGUCUGGUCUCUGAUGUCCCCCAGGAGCUGCAGGCAGUGGCUGGGCAGUUCUCCAUCCCCCAGAAUCGAAUCUUGGAGGAACUGGAUGGUGUUGGUGUAAACCUUGGCAGUACCAUCCAUACCCAGCUCAGGGGCACAGUGUAUCCUAUGCUAGCCUCCCUCCAGAGACUGGGCCAAGACUUGCAGGUUUCUUUGGACCACCUUCGGCUACUCAACUCCAGCACAGUCUCUCUACAGGACCAGCAAGAGCCUCUGGAUUCUUCUUUGCAGGACCAUAGGCACAGACUGCUCUCCCUACUCCAGGAUGCCCGGUGCCGGGGAUGUGCCAGUGCACUGAGUCACAGCCAGCUCUUGGAGCUGGGGGCCAAUUUCAGCCAGGUGCCUUCUGUGAAGAGCGUCCUCCAGAAAUUGAAGGGUGUCCCAGAGGCCAAUUUUUCUAACAUGGUUCAGAAGGAUAACAGCACAUUCAAUACGCUCCCGGUUCUGACAGCUAUAGAGACAGCAGACAUAGUUCAAGAGUUGAAGGAGGAAGUGGCCCAGAUCCCAGAGGAAGUGAGGACCCUGUCUGAAGGCUUCCCAGGCUCUGAGGCUGCUGACCGCUGGAGACAGGCUCUUGCAGAGGCAGAGAACAGUAGCAGGCCUUAUCUACAUAUGAUCCAGAGAUAUGAGAGAUACAGGUGGAUUGCAGGUUAUGUGCUGUCCUCGGUGAUCCUAUUGGUGGUCAUCUGUAACCUGCUGGGCCUCAGCCUGGGCCUCUGGGGGAUCUCUGCCCGAGAAGACUCUAGCCACACAGAAGCCAAGGGCGAGGCUGGGGCCCAGUUUCUCAUGGCGGGUGUGGGCUUAAGCUUCCUUUUCUCUGGACCCUUCAUCCUCCUUAUCUUUGCCACCUUCCUCCUGGGGGGCAACAUCCAGACAUUGGUGUGCCGAAGCUGGGAGAACCAGGAGCUGUACAAGUUUGCUGACACCCCAGGGAACCUUCCCCCAUCCAUGAACCUGUCCAACCUCCUGGGCCUCAAGAAGGACAUCAGCAUCCCCUCUGCCUAUCAGCAGUGUAAGGAGGGUGCUGCUCUCUGGAAGAUCCUACAGCUUAAUGGCUCCUAUGACCCAGAAAAGCACCUGAACAUCAAUAAGUAUACCACCCAGCUGCAGGAGCAGGUAGAUAACUUUGAUGUAGAUAUGAAGGAUCUAGACCUGCUGAAUGAAGCUGCUAAGAGAGAUCUGGAAGCCUUCAGGAGCAGCGGGAUUGAGAAGAUUGACUACUCCAGCUUCCUCACCCAGGUCCAGAAGCCAGUGGUGAAAGUUGACAUCUUGAAGCUAGCCAAGGAGCUGGAGAAGUUGGGUCAAGCCCAGACUGAGUCUGCCCUGGGACAGGAGCUGAAGCAGGAGGCUCAGGCCCUACAGGCCCUUUACCAGGAGAAGAUCCUCCCUCAGCAGACCCAUGUGGUGACAUUGAAUCGUAGUGCCCGUGCGCUGUCAGCAUCUGCCUCAAACCUCCAGCCGCUGAUUUCAGAAACUCUGGUCAAUGCGAGCUCCCUGAAAACUGAGCUGCCCAUCCGGGCUCAUUGGAUCUUGAGGAAUGAAAGUGAGUGCUUCCUGAAUCGAGAAAUGGCCUACUUCAUCCAAUACAUGGACUGGGCGAGAGAGAUGGUCACUGAACACAUUGCCACCUGCCAACCCCUGUCUGGGGCACUGGACAACGGCCGGGUGAUCCUGUGUGAUCUCAUCAUGAAUCCUUGGAACGCCUUCUGGUUCUGCCUGGCCUGGUGCACCUUCUUGCUUAUCCCCAGCAUCAUCUUUGCCAUCAAAACCACCAAGCACUUCCGACCUAUCAGGAAACGCUUAAGCUCUACCAGCUCUGAGGAGACCCAGCUUUUUCACAUCCCCAGAGUCACGUCACUGAAACUGUAG